AUGAGUGAUAGCAGCUUGAGGCGAUCAAGUGGCGAAGGAAAUUAUGAGGGGGAAGUGGAAAGGUCUGAGCAUAGUGAUACUGCGAGUUUUCAUUCGAGUUUAAACACAAAGACCACACUGCACAUACCGCCCAUCCCCCCUCCAGAAGACAUAACAUUGCAAAGAGAAGUAUUAUUCGUGGCCUGUGUUUGUCUCUCUCAGUUACUCACUCAGGCGGGGGUUGCUCAAACUAUGAACCCAGGAGUUGCUAUUGGAAAGCAGUUUGGUGUCGAGAACAACGAAGGUGAAGUAUCAUGGUUUUCAGCAGCAUUUUCGUUUACUGUUGGUACAUUCAUUCUCGUAUCUGGUAGAUUUGGUGACAUGUAUGGCUACAAAUUAAUGUAUAUAAUUGGCUUUUUAUGGUAUGGUUUACUUACUAUAAUCACAGGGUUUACUGCUUUUUCAAGUUCUUCGAUUCCUUUUAACGUGAUGAGAGCGCUACAGGGUAUCGGACCCGCAAUUCUUAUGCCCAAUUCACAAGCCUUAAUUGGCCACUAUUAUCCUGAUGGAAAGAAAAAAAGCAUAUGCAUGUGUUUAUUUGGAGCAGUCGCUCCUGGAGGAUGUAUAUUAGGUGCGAUAUUCAGUGGCUUAUUUACUCAGUUAGUUUGGUGGCCGUGGGCUUAUUGGGUUGCUGGUAUUAUUUAUAUGGUAAUAGCUCUCAUUGGCUAUUCUGCAAUACCCAAGAAUAUAUUAAACUCUAAAACCAGUGGCCAUGAUUUUUUGGGGACCAUUUUUGGAAUAUCUGGCCUUGCAUUGUUCAAUUUUGCAUGGAACCAGGGCCCUAAUGUUGGAUGGGAUAAACCGUACGUGUAUAUCUUGCUAAUAAUUGGCAUUUUAAUAUUGGUUGCAUUUGUCUUUAUAGAGCGCAGGGCCAAGUAUCCACUCGUACCACCUAAGGUAAUGCAAGGUGACACGGGCUUUAUACUAGGUUGUAUAGCCGCAGGAUGGUCAAGUUUUGGCAUAUGGUUGUAUUAUACUUUUAGGUGGUCUCAAUUGAUAGAUGGAGAUAAUUACAUUUUAUCAGGUGUAAAGCUAUUACCAUGUUUGGUUUUUGGGUUUGUUGCUGCAUUUCUGGCUGCAUUUCUCUUGAGCAGAAUACCUCUGUCACUGGUGAUGUUUAUUGCGAUGUGCUUUUUUUUGGCUGGUCUUGUGAUUAUGGGAACCAGACCAGUGGGGCAGAUAUACUGGGCUCAAAAAUUUGUAAGUUUAGUCAUCACUCCUUUCGGAAUGGAUUGUUCGUUUCCUACAGCCUGUAUUUUAAUAAGUAUGGCUGUUCCAAAAUCUCAACAAGGCAUAGCAGGAUCAUUGGUCUCAACUUUUGUUAAUUAUUCCAUCCUGAUAGGUUUAGGAAUAGCAGGAACCGUGGAAUACUAUAGGACGAAAGGGAAACAUUCGAAUUUUGAUACUGAAGUUUUGGGUAUGAGGAAUGCAUUUUACAUGGGAAUGGGCCUAGCUGGGAGUGGAGUGUUACUUUCCAGUUUAUUCAUGUUUAAGCAAUUGAAUAAGCAGAGAAAAAAUAACUUAAGAGCUCAAGAAACAGAUAAUAGAGAGGAGAAAGCUUAG